AGGAAGAAACAAUUUGUGUGAUCACAAGCAUCAAUUUUAAAGUUUUUCAAGAAAAAAAAAAAAGUUGUGUUGAUGCUAUAAAUAUGAGACAACCUACUCAAAAAUUAAGCCAAAGAAGCCAAAGAAAUAUUUGUAAGCCAGUUCAAAGAAAUGUUCUUAAACCAAGUCAAGGCAAUAUUCUCAAGCCAAGUCAAGAAAGCGACCACAAGUUAA